CUCAGUCACAGGCGGAGGUGAGGGCGAGAUUAGCAUCUGCUGCCUGAUCACAUGUGCCUCGCCACAGCUCAGCGCUGCCGGGACGGACCAGCCGGAGAGCGAGCGAGCGACUGCAGCAGGGAGCUAAGAUGGAGGAGAUGACACCACCACCCGCACCUGAGGCACCAUCCCCACUGAAGUCCUACAAAUGGCGGACAGGCCCCCAGGGUGGGGAGAAGGAGCCCGAGCGGCACCCCAUGGCCCCUGCCAGCAGCCGCUGGGCCAAACUGCACAACUGGAAGCGCGCUCAUAGCCAGCCUGAGACUGAUGCCCCCGAGAUGCGCAUGGCCAGGAGCAGCCCAGGCACCGAGCCCCCAGAGCCUGUGGGGAGCAAAACAGCAGCCCGGAGGUCUGUAUUCCAGAGGGCGUUUUCUGCCCCAAGCAAGGUGCCCAAGGAGCCCAAGGGCCAAGAGGGCAUUAAGCUGAACCUGCGAAAAUACCUGCGUUCCAAGUCCCACCGCAGGAGCCAGGAGAGUGGGCCCAAGGCAGAGCAGGCACCUCAGGAGGCAGCCAAAGAUGGUGUGCGCCCCGUGCAGCAGAUUCCGCUGGCCCCAUCCCCUGAGGUCCCUGUCUGGGAUGUCUCGAACUUCUCCCUGGUGGAUGGACAGCUGGUGCUGAUGGCCAGGGAUGAGGAGGUUUUGUACAAGAGCCGGAACAGAACUGGCAGCUCCAUUUCGGAGACCAAUGCUCAUCCGUCCCUGAGCAGCAGGAGGGACACCGAUCUCUCCUCUGAGGGGAAGAGCUCACCCAGCCCUCGGGCCCCAGGAAGAGGCACUGAGAGCGACGUGUCAACCGGCUCCCAGUUCAGUAACGUGAAGGGGCUGAUAUGGAAGAGGCUAAGAGAACGCAAGGGCCGGACUGCAUCCAAGCCCGACUCCCAAACAGCGCCUCUUACGGAUGGCGACAGGCUGCCAAGCCGGCAUGGCUCCCGUGAGUCCCUGCUGCCUGCACCAAGUGCAGCCGAGUUGGAUCUGAGCGGCGAGGACGUAGUGAUCCGCCCGCUGCACAGCAGCAUUCUGGGCGAGAAGUUCUGCUUCCAGAUAAUCAACGCUGAGGGGAGCCGCUGUUUCGGCUGCACAUCAGUGGCUGAGCGGGACCGGUGGAUUGAAAACUUACGCAGAACCGUGCAGCCCAACAAGGACAACUGCGAGCGUGUGGAGAACACCCUGAGUCUCUGGGUGUACGAGGCCCGAGACCUGCCCCCCAAGAAGCGCUACUUCUGCCAGCUGCACCUGGAUGGCGCCCUGUACGCCCGCACUACAGCCAAAUCAGCGGGUGCGGAUGGGGCACUCUUUUGGGGCGAGCUCUUCGAGCUGGCCACACUGCCUGCAGUGCGGGAGCUGCACAUCAGUGUGCUGCGGGAGGAAGAGGGGCGGCGGCGGGAGACCAGCCCCUUGGGCACCGUGACCAUCCAACUGGGGGAGCUGGCCACCUCACGCCAGCCCUUGGAGAAAUGGUACCCUCUGUGUGGAGCUGCCCCCAGUCGGGCACCUUCUCUGCGGCUGCGCGGACGCUACCAGGAGAUCCAGGUGCUGCCCAUUGUGAGCUACAAGGAGUUCGCCGAGUACAUCACCUUCCACUACCGAGAGCUGUGUGCCGGGCUGGAGCCUGCUAUUGCUGUGCGCCACAAAGAAGAACUUGCCUGUGCCCUGGUGCAUGUGCUGCAGAGCACGGGCAAAGCUAAGGCAUUUCUCAUCGACCUGGGGGUGGCGGAGUUGGACCGCUUCGAUGACAGAGAGGCACUGAUCUUCCGCGAGAACACACUGGCGACCAAGGCCAUCGAUGAAUACAUGAAGCUGGUUGGGGGGCAGUACCUGUUGGACACACUGGGGGAGGCUAUUGCCCAGUUGUAUGAGUCGGAGGAUAGCUGUGAAGUUGACCCCAGCAAGUGUGCAGCCAAUGACCUGUCUGACAACCAGAACAAUCUGCGGCAGGCGUGUGAGGAGGUCUUCCAGAGAAUCACCAACUCCAGCGACGCCUUCCCAGCGGAGCUCAGCGAGAUCUUUGCAGCGUGGCAGGGGGAUUGUCUGGAGCGGAACAAGGAGGACAUCGGGCAGCGGCUCAUCUCGGCCUCGCUCUUCCUGCGCUUCCUGUGCCCAGCCAUCAUGUCCCCCAGCCUGUUUGGCCUCACCCAGGAGUACCCAGAUGAUGCCACCUCCCGCACCCUCACCCUGGUGGCAAAAGUCAUCCAGAACCUGGCCAAUUUUGCUACGUUUGGCGAAAAGGAGGCGUACAUGGGGUUCAUGAACGAAUUCCUGGAGCACAACUGGAGCCGCAUGAAGUUGUUCCUGCAGAGCGUGGCCAACCCUGACAGCAGUGCCCACCUGGUGGCUUAUGAUGGCUAUGUGGACCUGGCACUGGAGCUCUCCACCCUGCACGCACUGCUCUGCGACAUAUUCACUGGCCUGGACCAGCAAACGAGGGAGCAGUUAGAGCCCCUGCCGACCAUCCUCAAUGCCAUCAAAGAGGGGACGCCAGUGCCUGUCUCCAUCAAACUUGGCCCAGGCAUGGACAGCCCUGGUGAGAAGCCAGGAUUCCUGCCCCCGAGGGAGCUGAGCAAGUACAGCCCCCUGAUCAAGAGUCACUCCAUGACCAACAUCCAGAAGGGCCGGGGGAAGGAGGAUGAGCAGCACCUCCAGCAGCUGCCUGCCUCCCCACGCCAGGCCUGGGAGAGGAGGAAGGUGCAGCGCACCCAGAGUGUGCCUGCCCAGAGCAAGGCAGGACGCAGGCUGCAGAAGCAGAGCAGCAUGGAGCACGUGGUUGAGUCCCAGGGAGAAGACAGUCACGAUGGGAGCCCUCGCCCCUCUACCUUCCGCCCACGGGAUGGCCGAGCCCACCCGGGGCGAUCCAAUCUCCGCCAAUCUGCCUCGCUGCCCCGGAAAUCCACGGUGCCCUGGCAGCGCCACGCUGAGGAAGCAGCCAAGGCACAGACUGAGCUGUAUGCCAUGCGGCCGCUGGAGAAGCAUGGGAAGCAAAUUGAGGAGCUGAGGAAGGAGUUGGCAGAGUCCAGGGAGAAGCAGAGGCUCUUUGAGAGCCAGCUGGAAAUGCUGGUCACCCAGAACCAGACACUGCUGGAGGAGCAGGCCAAAAGCCAGGGGCAGGAGGAGAGACUCCGGAGGCAGCUGGAGCAGCUGGAAACGCACCUGGCAAACCUCAGCACCAGGGUGGCGGCGGCAGAGGGCAGCCGGAGGAAGGACCAGGAGAAGCUGAAGGCUAGUGAGGAGAGGACGAAGCGUCUGGAGCGCCGCCUGUCAGCCCUGGAGCGGGAACACGCCGAGCUGCUCUGUGCCAUCAGCCAGCGGCAGGGACUCCAGGACAAGUCACCCAACUCGCUGCUGAUGCCAGCGUCACAGGACGGGGCCGAGGACUGGCAGGAGGUUUAGCCAACUUGGUGGGCCCAGACGGCCAGCCCCUGGGCCCUGCGUGGGACGCACCCCACCCCAGCAGCUGCCACCCGCUUUGGACACCCUGCCAGCCAGACCUUGUCUCUAGAAAUUUGUCACAGACCUAAACCCAGCAGCCCUUUCUUGGUAUGAGUCCAGCAUGGGAGGUCCUGAGUCUGCCAGGGAUGUUGUUCCAGAUAAUGGAGUCCCAGGGAGCUGCAGGCUGCUGCUGUGAAUCCCCUGCAGCUCUCCACUCCCAGGAGUGGUGGAGAGUGAUCAGAUUUGUGAGAGGCCCAUUCAGCCCCUCUCUCAUCCCAACUGGGGUUCCCUUCCUUAUUCCUGCAUCCAAAGGGUCCCCAGGUGCUUCCUUCUGAACCCCUCCCACACACUCCCGAUGCCUUGUUGCCCCCUCCAUCGUACCCAUGCUGCCAUCCCAGUAGUGGAACAUUGCCUCAACAUGCCCAAGCUCUGGCUGCUGCAUAGCACCAGUUGCCCAGGGCCACUGCCCAGUGACUGCCGACAGGCCCAGGGGGCUGACUAGAAGAGAUGCCCCCGGACCCGUAUUCAGGCCUCAUUUGGCUCUUGGAGGAUUCAGGGAUGGGCUGCCACAGUGAGCUUGUCUCCGGGUUCGUGCUUGGGCCACGACUCCCUGCAGAGCCAGAAAUGCAGUGGCUGCUUUGUCAAAAACCUUCCUUGUCUCUGAGGGUCCCUUGCAGCCAGGCAGUAAACAUGGUGCCCAGGAGCGGCGCCAGGGUUUUUGGCGCCUUAGGCGGGGGUCCUUCCGCGCUCCCAGUCGUUGGCGGCAAUUCU